UGGUCGGAUGAUUCCGGGGUUUCUCGGGAGCUAAACCUGGUUGAGCUCGGUCCACCAGCCACAGAUCCCGUGGGGUGGCUUGACAGCUGAGCCGCCUGGAGGCCUGAGGCCUGAGGCUCCGGAGAACCUCAAAGACCCAUGCGGACUGUGGCUGGUGGGCACCUGACGUCGUCCUCAGGCCCACCAGGGUCAUCGUCAUCGUUCCCUUCUCCUGUCGACGGUUUCACGCUGACUAUUAUUAUUACCUAUUCUUAUCAUUGAACAAGCUGCAUACAUGAUGAGGUGAGCAUAGCCAUGGGCUCCGUAGAGAAGUCUGCGCCUUAUGAUGAGUACGACCCUCAUAAUCUCCCCGACUAUGAGACAGAGUUCAUCUCGCAGGAUCACCUCCGUCAAUUCGAAGAGGCGCUGAACGCCCCCGAGGCCGAGUCGCUAGUCGCCAUCAACGACUGGCGUCCCAUCCGCCAACGAGUUCGCAAGCCGGGUCGUCGUCGCAAGACUCCCAAGCGAAGCAAAGAUGAGACGAGAGAAGGUGUCGUCUACGGCAUCCUGAAGUGGCCGUUCCUCGUCAUCGUGUUCGGUUGGCUGGCGGUACUCAGCAUCUCCUAUCUGCUCACCCGACUAUAUGUACACCUGUACGAGCACUUUGUGACAUGGACGGGCAAGCGCGAGAGGUUGAGGAGGGCUCUGCAUGCAACGGCAAACUAUGAGGACUGGUUGAAGGAGGCUAGGGCUCUGGACGCAUAUCUGGGCAACGAGAACUGGAAGAAGCAAGAUGAAUAUGCGUACUACGAUCAUUUGACCAUCAACAAGGUCGUCGCACAGCUCAAGAGGAUCAGAAAAGAAGCGCUGCUAGAGGCACAAAACGGACUAUCCAGUGCCAGCGAGGUACCGGCAAUCGAGGAGCUGCGUGCACUGUUGGAAGCUUGCGUGAAAAACAACUUUUGUGGCGUCGAGAAUCCCCGGUUGUAUAGUGAAACCUACUCGGGAACGAAGGAUCUGGUACAGGAGUAUAUGGAUGAAGUUGAAGCUUCCCUCAAGCUGCUCUCCGACAGCCGGCAGUUGAGCCAGGAAGAGAAGUAUCGGCACUUCCGCCACCUGGAUUUGAACUUCGGCCGCACCGCGCUAUGUCUUUCCGGCGGUGCCACCUUUGCAUACUACCAUUUUGGUGUCGUGAGGGCGCUGCUGGAUAAUGAUGUCUUGCCGGAGAUCAUCACAGGAACGUCUGGUGGUGCUCUAGUGGCGGCCUUGGUUGCGACCCGGACGGAUGAGGAGUUGAAACAGCUCUUGGUUCCUGCUUUGGCACAUAGAAUUAGGGCUUGUCAUGAUGGGUUUACCACUUGGAUCAGACGUUGGUGGCGCACGGGGGCCCGAUUCGACACUUUGGAUUGGGCCAGGCAAUGCAGCUGGUUCUGCAGAGGUUCGACGACGUUUCGGGAAGCGUACGAGCGCACCGGCAGGAUCCUGAACGUCUCCUGCGUGCCUUCAGAUCCUCACUCGCCGACGAUCCUUGCGAACCAUAUCACGUCGCCGGACUGUGUGAUCUGGAGUGCGGUCAUCGCUUCCGCAGCUGUGCCCGGUAUUCUGAACCCGGUGGUUUUGAUGAUGAAGAAACGCGAUGGUAGUCUCGCGCCCUAUUCCUUUGGCCAUAAGUGGAAGGACGGAAGCCUCCGGACCGACAUACCGGUCAAAGCAUUGAACUUGCAUUUCAACGUCAACUUCACCAUUGUUUCUCAGGUCAACCCCCAUAUCAAUCUAUUUUUCUUCAGUUCUCGGGGAACCGUUGGUCGGCCAGUCACACAUCGAAAAGGACGAGGCUGGCGUGGCGGAUUCCUAGGAUCUGCAGCGGAACAGUAUAUCAAGCUUGAUCUAAACAAAUGGCUCAAGGUACUACGUCAUCUUGAGUUGCUUCCGCGGCCUAUGGGUCAGGAUUGGAGCGAAAUUUGGCUCCAGAGAUUCAGCGGCACUGUCACUAUCUGGCCCAAAGUUAUCGCGUCUGAUUUCAUUAACAUCCUUUCCGAUCCCAGUACGCAACGCCUGGCUCGGAUGAUCCACGUCGGCCAGCAAAGCACAUUCCCCAAGAUACAGUUUAUCAAGAACAGAGUGAAGAUCGAAAGGUUGAUCAUGAAUGGAUUGUUGCGGACAUCUCAUACUGGCGGCCGUGAUCUUUCGCCUCUGCUAUCGCGGCGUCUCGAAAGCAACAAGCAGGGAGAGUCGGAUCCAAUGGUUGAACGUAUUGACCACGCCUUGCCAGAGCGGGGCCAACCCCAUGAAGACGGCGGCUCACAUUAUCUCGAAGUUCCCGAUUACUCGUCAGCAGACUCGUCACACGAGCAAGAGUUCCGUCAUCGACGAAGCAGCGGCAGCGUUAUCGAGGAGAUGAGGCGACAAUCAGCGGUCUUCUUCGACGAUCCUGAUAUCUAUGGGGGAGAUGACACCGCGAGCGAGUGAAACGGACAACUGAAAAAUACUCCCCACGUUAGCCUUUCAUCCCAUAUUGACCUGUUAAGACUCAUAGAGCCGACAGAACGUGGGGGCCUUUCCCCGCAUCCUGACACCAGAUUCACGUGAUCACCGCGGCUACAAAUCAUCCAUCAGUCCUGCCUGUAUAUAUAGAAGCACAUGCAUAUCCUUCCUGUAAAUAGACAUAUACGAAA